AUGGCCCUAGUCAAGAGACAAAGGACUACCAAUGAGGUAGGUGAUUUAAUAAACCUUAAUGGAAACCAAAAUGAAGACCAGAAUAAAACCUUAUAUAGCGAUGCUGUAAUCUUAGAAGGACAUGAGGGUUCAGUGCUUGCAACUAAGUUCAGUAAAGAUGGAUCCCGCUUGGCAUCUGGUGGCUUUGACUCGAAGAUACUUCUUUGGAACCUUCCAGUUGAUGAAUAUGAUGACAGCCCCAAUUACGGGGUCUUAAGUGGGCAUAAAUCAAGCGUCCUCGCUGUGCGAUGGUAUGAUGAAAAUUUAUUGGUAUCAGCAAGUGCGGACCAUACUGUUGGAUAUUGGGACCACAAUACUGGAACGAGAAUAAAGAAGGGAACUGGUCAUAAAGCGAUAGUGAAUGAUAUAGACGUGAAUUGUGAUGGACUAGCUUUAAGUGUCGGCGAUGACGGAAUUGCAUUUAUCUGGGAUCAAAGAGAAAAAUUACCUUUAGAGGGAGUACAUAACGAUUAUCCAUUGCUAUCAUGCUCAUUUAGCAACCAAGGUAAUCUGUUUUUUGUCAGUGGGAUAGAUCCAACUUUGAGAGCGUUUGAUAUAAGAAAGUACACAGAGCCUUUAUGGGAAUGCGAGGGCCAACUUGAAUCUAUUACGUCGAUUAGUAUUACUAAAGACGACUCUAUGCUUCUAUCUAGAUCCAUGGAUGGUGUUAUUCGUACUUAUAGUGCUAGAGAUUUCGUUCCAUCUGGAUUGUCCAGGUUAAGUCCUUAUACUUAUGAAGGAGCUAUAUCAGGUAGCGAGUUUCAAUUGAUCAGGGCUACUUUUAGUCCUGAUAAUAUCAAUAUUUCAUCGGGCUCAGAAGACCUGACCGUGACCACCUGGGACAUCAAGUCUCGUAAAAUAAUAAAUAAACUACAUGGACAUAAUGGGACAGUUAUAGACGUUGAUUAUCACCCAUCUAAGAAAAUACUUGCAUCUGGAUCUACUGAUGGUAAUAUCAUUGUCAGAGAAAUUGUCUGA